AUGGCUCUAAUUUUGAGAUAUGUCAACAAAAGUGGAAUGGUGAUAGAGCGAUUCUUGGGUAUUGUCCACGUAAAUGAUACAUCUUCUCAAUCAUUAAAAAAGGCAAUUUAUUCUUUGCUUUUGGAUCACUCAUUAUGUACAUCCAAAAUACGUGGUCAAGGUUAUGAUGGGGCUAGUAAUAUGCAAGGGGAAAUAAAUGGUCUCAAGUCUUUGAUUUUACAAGAUACGUCAUCUGCAUAUUCUAUUCACUGUUUUGCUCACCAAUUGCAAGUGACACUUGUAGGUCUUUCCAAAAAGAAUUCGGAUGUGAAUACUUUUUUUUAUGCUCUUACUAAUAUUUUGAAUACUAUUGGAGCUUCAUUUAAACGCAGAGAUUCACUUCGACAACAUCAAGAAGAUAAGUUGGAAGAGUUGCUUAAAUUUGGAGAAGUUCAUACAGGGCAAGGUUUGAAUCAAGAACGUGGCCUCCAACGACCGGGUGAUACUCGUUGGGGGUCUCAUUUUAAAACCUUGAACAAUUUCCUGAUUCUUUUUUCUUCAAUUGUUAAUGUGCUUAAGGAUAUGAAACGUGAUUGUCCAUAUCAUCUUGAUAGAUUUGCGGCGGAAAAUCUUUUGAGCAAGAUUCAUGAAUUUGAAUUUGUCUUUAUGUUGCACUUGAUGUUUAAGGUGUUGCUAUUGACGAAUGAGUUGAAUAAAGUUUUACAAAAGAAAGAUCAAGAUAUCGUUAAUGCUAUGGGAUUGCUUGACCUUUCAAAGAAACGAUUGCAAAUGAUGAGAGAGGAUGAAUGGGACUCUAUGAUGGAUGAGGUUAGCUUAUUUUGUGGUAAACAUGGAAUUUCAAUUCCCAAAAUGAAUGAAGACUACUCUAAUGGGAAGUCGAAGCGUAAGAGGUCCAAUAUUUCAUAUUUGCAUCACUUUCGUGUGGAAGUAUUUUAUGCCGUCAUUGAUUUGGCACUUCAAGAACUCAAUAAUCGUUUUGAUGUGGUGACUAGUGACUUGCUUCUCGGUAUGGCUAGUUUGAGUCCGGUUGAUUCAUUUGCUAAUUUUCACAAGGAUAGGAUAAUGAAACUAGCCGAGUACUACCCAAGUGAGUUUGGUGAUAAAGAGCUUCGGGAACUCAAUUUUCAACUUGAUGAUUUUAUUGUCUAUGCUCAAAAGUGUGAUAGCAAGUUUCUCAACUUGAAGGGAAUCAAGGAUCUUGCAAAAGUGAUGAUAGAGACAAAACUAGAUCAAACUUGGUCACUUGUGUAUCUACUUGUGAAGUUAACUUUGAUUAUUCCUGUUGCUACCGCAAGCGUGGAAAGAGCAUUCUCAUCAAUGAAGUACAUAAAGAAUGAUUUGCGUAAUAGGAUGGAUGAAGAUCUUUUGAAUGGUUGUUUAGUUUGCUAUAUAGAGCGUAGUAUAUUUAAAAAUGUAAGUAAUGAUGCCAUUAUUGACCGUUUUCAAAAUAUGAAAACUCGUCGAGGACAAUUGCAAGUGAAUAAUGUUUUUUGCUAA